AGCGGCCGGCGUUCGGCUGCUCCGGCCUGGUUGCGGCAGCAUGGCGGCGGGGGCGGCUGAGGCGGCUUCGGCCCUCGUGGAGGUCGGCUCGGCCGGGCAGUUCGAGGAGCUGCUGGGCCUCAAAGCCAAGUCCCUCCUCGUGGUCCACUUCUGGGCACCUUGGGCUCCACAAUGUGUGCAGAUGAAUGAUGUAAUGGCAGAGUUAGCUAAAGAACACUCUCAAGUUUCGUUUGUGAAGUUGGAAGCUGAAGCUGUUCCUGAAGUUUCUGAAAAAUAUGAAAUUUGCUCGGUUCCCACCUUUCUGUUUUUCAAGAAUUCUCAGAAGAUCGACCAAUUAGAUGGUGCACACGCACCAGAGUUGACCAAAAAAGUUCAGCGCCAUGCAUCUAGCGGCUCCUUUCCACCCAGUGCUAGUGAUCACCGUAAAGAAGACCUUCGCCUCCGCCUGAAGAAGCUAACUCAUGCUGCCCCCUGCAUGCUAUUCAUGAAAGGAACUCCUCAGGAACCACGCUGUGGUUUCAGUAAGCAGAUCGUGGAAAUUCUUCACAAACAUAACAUUCAGUUUAGCAGUUUUGAUAUCCUCUCAGAUGAAGAAGUUCGGCAAGGGCUCAAAACUUAUUCCAAUUGGCCUACCUAUCCUCAGCUCUAUGUUUCCGGAGAGCUCAUAGGAGGACUUGAUAUAAUUAAGGAGCUAGAAGCAUCUGAAGAACUAGAUACAAUUUGCCCCAAAGCUCCCAAAUUAGAGGAAAGGCUCAAAAUGCUGACGAAUAAAGCUUCUGUGAUGCUCUUUAUGAAAGGAAACAAACAGGAAGCAAAAUGUGGAUUCAGCAAACAAAUUCUGGAAAUACUAAAUGGUACUGGUGUGGAAUAUGAAACAUUUGACAUUUUGGAGGAUGAAGAAGUGCGGCAAGGAUUAAAAACAUUUUCAAACUGGCCGACAUACCCUCAGCUGUAUGUGAAAGGGGAGCUUGUUGGAGGGUUGGACAUUGUAAAGGAGCUGAAAGAAAAUGGUGAAUUGCUGCCUGUACUGAGAGGAGAAAAUUAAUAAAUGUUAAAUGCAGUAUCCACCUCUUGCAAGAAUUAUUUAACUACAACGGAGCAGUUUAUGAUUCAGUCCUCAGAAGUGGACUAAGAAUAAAAAAAUGCUUCUUACCAAGUUAUGCUUUGUGAAUUUCACAAGGUUGUGUUAAAUAAAUGUAUGUUACAUUUUUUCCACCUAAUGAAUGCAAUAAAUAUCUUCAAAUUGAAUGAAAA